AUGGAGGAUUACGAAGUAUUUGAUGUUGAGGACUUAAAUGAGUUUUUGGAAGAACUUGAUAAACAAGAAAGCUCAUCUAAUCAUAAUAUAAUAUCUGACCUAGAAAUUGAUGGAAUUGACUCAGAAGGUAAAUGGGGAAUUACCUCCAUAGAACAUGACACUAUAGAAGAGGAUAUGUUUAGAAAAAUAACUUUGUACGAUUUGUUUCGAAAACGUCGGGGUUACCUUAAUGUAACUGAUUUAGUGUCACCAUUAUGGUGUGAAGUGCAACAGGAUUAUUAUUUGACCAAAAAAUUAAAAAAGACCUCCCCACAAAUGAUCAAAGGGAGCUCUGUACAUCAACAUCUUGAGUACGAAACGACGCCGCCUACAGGUCGUAUUUUGCUUAAUAAGUAUUCGAAAGAAGAGCCAUGGGCUCUAAAAAUUCUGAAGCAAAUUGAAGGGCUUCAUCAGUUAUAUAUGAACGGAAUUACUCGAGAAUUUCCCAUUUGGGGGUUUUACAAAGAUUCUCUUGUUAUGGGAAUAAUUGAUGAAAUUAGCCUUAGCCAACAAGGAGCAAUAACAAAGGAACCUAGAGAUAUUCGUGACUUUUGGCUUCCAGCUGCGAAAGAUAUAUAUUUUACUGACAAUAAAACCAGGUUCUCUAAUACAAGACCAAGUGACUCUCAAAUCUAUCAAUCAAAGAUACAGGUUAUGUAUUACGCUCACCUUUUUCUUCACUAUUUUCCUUCUUUGAACUUAAAGUCUACUCAACCUUUGUACGCUAAGCCGAACGAACGAGAUAAAAAAACUCUAGAAAUACCUUGGUUGAAUUCGUUUUAUAAGAGUUUGAAUUUAGAUGGCUCAAAAGAUCUGGGCACGGAGUUUUUGGAACAGAGUAUUCGGACAAUACCAAUCAUUCCUGAAGAUGAAUUUAGAAACAAUAAUUCAUUGCAUGGACUUUACAAAAUUUCUUCAAAAAUAGCGCGACGAUUGCGCCUAAACAUUUCCGAUAAAAAUUUGGGUAUUGCCUACUGGAAUCCCCGAACACAACAGCUAUCAUAUGUAGAAAAAUUUGAUUAUGAACCUAUAGCCUUAGAAGACUGCUAUAACCGAACGAAUUCAUUCUGGCGAACCAUGAGAGAUCCCGUAGGUGUACCUCCUAACGAAGUGUUCAAAUGUCGCAGUUGCGAGUUUCGUGAUGAAUGUUGGUGGCUUCAGAAGAAGCAGACACUGCCUUUUCACACUAAUAAUUAA